AUGAACGGCAUGGAUCAAGCUCGACGUGUGAGUGGUCGGCUUGACGACUUGGGAAUGGGGGCGCGACACCCUGAGCAGCAACGCGCCGAGCUACUGCCGCAGCCGCCCGCACAGCUGCCACCCUACCGGCCGCAGCCGAUGCCUCAGGCUCCGCCAGGGCCACCGCAGCAAGCCUCCUUGCCCACGCACUACCGAACACCUGAUUCAAGACGACUUUUUUUCGACUGGGGUAAGACCUUUUGGCGCCAAGUGGACAUGGCCCAAGAGUCGUACGGUUUCCUGUGGAGUGAAACUGUUAAGACCGACGUGCUCGGCCAGUACCUGACUGGCACUGCCGAGCGUUCCUUUAACAAACAGGUUAUUUCACGGUGGACUAUGUUGCCGACGCUGCAAUACGUGAUGCAACGUUUGCUAAAUACGUUUAAGAUGACAAUAACAGUAGCACAAGCCAUGAAGCUGUUCACGACCAAGAAAGAGAACAAGCGUUCGUGGCCGGAGCACUUCCUAUACGUAGUGGAUGUCAGUGACGCCGCAGGUGGUGCGGAGCAGCAAGUGCUGGACAAAAUUGUCAGGUAUGCUUCACCAGAGUCAUCGACGAUAAUCAUGGCCAAGUAUGACACGCACCGUAUGGACUAUCCGGUACACGCGGAGAAGUUGGCCCACUAUGCCCAAGCUAUCGAGACGGAAGCUUUUCCGGGAAGUUUCUUCGGAAAAGAGAUCGUGGCGCACGUGGAUGAUUCUAGCACGCGCAAGGAGACGCGCACCUGCUAUGUAUGCGGUAAGGUGGGACACGUCAAGGCUGACUGUCGCAGCAAAAGGACUGGUGAUUUGAAUGGCGGCCGUCGCGGCAGACGCAAUGGCAACUUGGUGCUUUACGUUAUAGAAGGCAAAGGAAACAAGGGCUUUCGUGCCGUGAAGAUUGACCUCGCGAUGGCAAUUGGCGAUGACGGUGACACCGGGGCUGACGACUGGGUGCUCGAUAGUGGUUCCAGUCGUCACCUCGUCAACGAUGCCACACUAUCGAUGGACGCAAGAGAUUGUAAGGAAACGUGUCACCUUGCUGACGGUGAAACGGUACGGCUAUCGCGGGUCGGAAAUGUGGUGCUGACGGUACAAGCGAAAGGAAGGCAGAGGAACGUAACGCUGAAGGAUGUAUUCCUCGCGGCCGAGCUGGCGCGCAAUAUCAUGUCAUACGGCAAGCUCAAGCGCAAAGGGUUUGGCUUUGUUUACGAUGGCACGACGCGCGGCCUAGCGAGGCGUAGGGACGGCGAAGUCACAUUCGACGUGAUGAUGCGGUACAAGGUGCUAUACGUAAGGACGGUGCAGUCAGCACGCACGACACAGAUUCCAAAAGACGUUCUGAUGGCGGUUUUGAUGAGGGAAGAGUCGCCUGAUGAUACGGAUGCUGAUUUGCCGAUGGGUUCCCUACUACAUUUUCAUCAGCGACUCGGACAUCUCGCUUACGAUAGCAUCGAUAGGAUGGCUACGGAUCCAGCGUCCGGCAUCAAACUCACGGAUACAAAGCGGCCCAAUUGUAUCUCGUGCUCUCAGGGAAAGCAGACAGAUAAUUUCUAG